ACAGUGAUACCAAUGUGACAGGUAUCAGCCGUUUGUCCGCCAGCGGUCGAAUACAUUAGUAAAAUAAAGGCAGUAGUUGAUGUUUAUUUUGUAGCUAUGCUCUACCUAAGUUUAUAUAGUUAAAGUAAUUUCGUGUAAUUAACUCACGUAGCAGGCUAGUGUGCGGUAGGUAGGUUGCUAGCUAGCUAGCUAACGACAGCGUCAUAAGAAAAUCGGAAACAUACGCGGUGGCCGGUAGUUAAACACGGCUGUCGGUGUCGAGCAAAUAAAACCACCAGGAGGGCCACGAUGAACGUCGCUAAAAGUGGUUACCGCGUCUUUUCCGCAAACUCCUCCGUGGCGUGCACGGAAUUGGCGAAGAAGAUAACAGAGCGGCUAGGAGUUGAACUGGGGAAGUCUGUGGUCUAUCAGGAGUCUAACAGAGAAACUAGAGUGGAUGUGAAAGAAUCUGUUCGUGGACAAACUAUCUUCAUCAUUCAGACCAUACCACGAGAUGUCAACACAGCCAUUAUGGAGCUGCUGGUUAUGGCCUACGCACUCAAGACCUCUUGUGCCAAGAACAUCAUUGGAGUCAUUCCUUACUUUCCCUACAGCAAACAGUGCAAGAUGAGAAAGAGGGGCUCAAUAGUGAGCAAGCUGUUAGCUUCAAUGUUAGCUAAAGCAGGAUUAACACACAUCAUAACCAUGGACUUGCAUCAGAAGGAGAUCCAGGGCUUCUUCAGCUUUCCAGUGGACAACUUGCGAGCCUCCCCUUUCUUGAUCCAGUACAUCCAAGAGGAGAUUCCUGAUUACAGAAAUGCCAUCAUUGUGGCAAAGUCCCCAUCAGCAGCUAAGAGGGCUCAGUCCUAUGCAGAACGCCUACGUUUGGGUCUGGCUGUGAUCCACGGCGAGGCUCAGUGUUCAGAGUCGGACAUGGCUGACGGAAGACACUCCCCACCAUGUGUACGCAACACCACCGGACACACAGGGCUGGAGCUUCCUUCAGGCAAACAACAAGCUCCGUUCCCUGGCAUAGAGCUCCCAAUAAUGAUGGCCAAGGAGAAACCUCCUAUUACUGUAGUCGGAGACGUGGGAGGGAGAAUUGCCAUUAUUGUGGAUGACAUUAUAGAUGAUGUAGGGGACUUUGUUGCAGCGGCAGAGAUCCUGAAAGAGAGAGGAGCCUAUAAGAUUUACAUCAUGGCCACACACGGCUUGCUGUCCGCCGAUGCUCCACGCCUCAUAGAGGAAUCCGCCAUUGAUGAGGUGGUGGUGACCAACACAGUCCCCCAUGAAGUACAGAAGCUACAGUGCCCCAAAAUCAAGACUGUGGACGUCAGCAUGAUAUUGGCCGAGGCCAUCCGCCGCAUCCACAACGGGGAGUCCAUGGCCUACUUGUUCCGCAACAUCACCGUGGACGACUAGAGAGUGUCAGAGAGAGAGAGCUGAGGUGGGUCUGAUAGUGACCGAGGGCACUCCCAAAAAAAACAUGCUAAUGUCAUGUUCCAUGUUUGUCAGGAUUACUUGUAUCCUAAUUCAUUUAAAGAAACUGAAAUUCUAAGAAUUAGCCAGUUAUUUAACUUCUUAUCAAAAAGAUGUUGUAAAGAUGUAUUUGUUCGGCUGAGGUGAGAAUUGCAUCUUGUUCUUGCAGAGGCAGGAUGAUGAAAGAGCAAACACUUUGACUUUGAGCUUUGAUGCAUUCAGUCAUAUUUCGAGGCCUCCGUCUCCGUCUCGCUGCUGUAGAUUUUCCAACUUGAACAAAAGAUGCUUUGUAUUUAAAAGUUAUUUUGUCAUACACUGCGGUACCUCAUCUAAUGACUGAGCUCCACCUGCAAAAAGAGAAGAGAUAAACGCCUCCAGUAACAGGACUUUGUGCUUUAACAACCAUAUCCAGAUGCCCUUACUGGCCCCUCACGUUCACGGCAGCUCAGCACUGUGAUUUCUUUCCAUUAAGUGGGGCGUGUUGUUUCCGGCCACAUAGAUAACACUGGGCAAACUCUUGCUUAUUGGUGCCCAAACUAUAUUUUUAUGCAGCUUUUUUUGCACCAUUUUUGGGAAUGUUUGGAUGUGUGGUGAACUGUCCAAAGUCACACAAUAAGUUUUUGCAGAAAUGAAUGGGUCGCCAUUUAAUACUGUAUUUAUUAGGGGGUCAGUUCAACUAAAGUACACAAUAUUUUCCUACUUAACCAUAACAAUAUCUAGCCAUGAAGAUAGUUAAGGCCUGAUGUGGUUUUGGGAAAUCUGUGUCUGUGACUUCUGCUGUAACUGCAGCACAAUGGACGCUAAUGUAAUUUCAUUUAUGGCGCUCAAGGCAUCACUACACCUGAUGCCCUGAGCCACAUGGACAUUAUUUCUGGAAAGUAUUAUUAUUUCUGGAAAGUAUUUAACAGAUUUGAACGCCACAAGUUAAAUUCCGCACACGUCCAUUGUAUGUGCACCUGUAACAGAUGUUCAACAGUGUGUGGUUACACACAGCAGUAAGGGGGAAAUGUUUAGUUCACUUAUUUAGAUGAGCCGACCCUUUAGUAUACCAUACAGCUUUCUAGCAGUAUACUGAACAUGCUUAGUCCAAUAUUGUGCUUAUUUUAACAGUCUGAUGGUAAUUGAUAGUGUCAUCACUGUGCAUAUGAAUUACGUUGAGAGCUAAAAAUACGACACCUUUGUUUCUGCCAAUUAACUACAAAUACUGAACACUGAUGCUGUUUUCCAAAGCAGAGCAAAGGUUUUCUUUACACAUUUUCUGUGAGUUAAUGUUGGUUUGUUAUUUGGACCCUGCCUUCACAGUGAACCUCCUGCUUGAUUUUCCUUGCUGUCAGUCACAUUUGCUCACUUUUUGGCCCUCUGAGUUAGACUUUUGGACAGUAGGGCUCAUGUAUACAGCUCUUUAGAGCAGCCAGCUUCGAGGGCUUGAGACUGACAAGAUGAAAAAAUUGACCCAUGCUUUGGGUGCAUUACUCCAUAAUGACAGCUUUGACAAAAUUCAUUAUGGUGUGCUAGCUGAGUUAUUUUUUGUACUGUGUAAAGUGAAUGGAGACCGAUGGCUGCCUGAAAGACAGGACAUGUGCAGUAAACAAAUGUCCAGAAGUAAUGUGAAAUAUGUGCAUUUUUAAGGAAAUUGGCAAAAAAAACAUGCAGAAACACCAUUAUGGUCUUGAUGUGUGUCCACAAAUUCUGGUGGUGUUUCCUCAUUAAAAACUCAUGGACACUCACUAAUUUGAACAUGUGCACUUUUUUUGCUCCCUGAGUAAGUUUUGAAGUGACGCUUUAGGAGUGUAUUUCUAUGCCGGUUGAGCCUUUUGCUCAGGGAAAUAUACUUUAUAUGCCGACACACAGUUAUUUCUUAGAUUGUUUUUGAUGCUUUGUUCCUGUUUCACAUGUUGAAAAACGUUUGAGAGAAUGUCUUCCAUACAGCAGUACUGUACAUCUUUGCUUUUUACCACUCAGUUUUGUUUUAGGUACUGUAUUUCUCCUGAUGUGCUAAUGCACGGGUGUUUGACAGCUAGAUAGUGUUGUGUUGGCACAAAGUUGGAGGUUGUCCUUAUCAAAUACUGUUGCUUUGCUCAAAUUGUAUGUGUCAUUUGUGUAUUUCAUGGCGUCUACUCUGUGUCCCCUGUUCUCCUGACCUGUCUGUGAUGCUGAGGAUGCAUCAUUUAGACACUAACACCCCUCUGUCUCGCUCUACAGCGUUUGUCAACGUGUAUGAAAAUAAAACAGUUGCCUCUCG